AUGCCAAAUCGCCAUGUCCAAGAAGUGAUUGAGAAUCAGGAUAAGCAAGUCUGGAUAGCAGAGCAGAAAUGCAUGAAACUGUAUGGAUCUGUCAUCAAGAACAAUCAUCUGGAACCACUGUAUAAUAGUACCGCAAAAAGUAUUAUGUGUCCCCCUUUCUUCGACAAAAUUUUGUGUUGGCCUCCAACUUUUCCGGGAGAAUUAUCUUCUAGUCCAUGUCCUCCAUAUAUAACAGGAUUCAAACCCGGUUUUAAUGCCACAAGGUCAUGUACUGCAAACGGAACUUGGUAUGUGAAUGAGACCACUGGCGAGCCUUGGGCAGAUUACAAGGCCUGUUACGAAGGCCCUUUAACCACAAUUUUCACGAAUAAUUCGCAGAUGAAUGACAAUGCGAAAAUCUACGAAAACCUGGUACCUAUUGUCAAAGUUCUGUCGCAGACUGGUUAUGCCGUAUCACUCAUAUCUCUUAUAGUAGCAUUUCUGAUCAUGUUACUCAUCAAAAAACUCCACUGUGCAAGAAAUAUCCUACACAUGAAUCUUUUUGCUUCUUUCAUCAUGAGGGCAUUUUUUUAUAUACUGAAGGACAUACUCUUCUUCGCUGGAAUAGGAUUGAGAAGUGAUCUCAGAGAAAAAGAUGGACAUUUGUAUUUCAAAACUGACAUAGAGACGAAUAAUUAUGAAUGCAAAAUGUUGACGACUCUGGUACAAUACUUCACAACGGCAAAUUAUUCUUGGAUUUUGAUGGAAGGUUUAUACUUGAACAAUCUCAUAUUCAGAGCACUGUUUGCAGACUCCAGCAGAAAUCUAAUUUACUACAUUUGCUUAGGAUGGGGUUUGCCUCUGCUGAUUAUCAUACCAUGGGUGGUUGCAAGACUAUCGCUCGAUGACAGUAUGUGCUGGACAAUGAAUGACAAUCUCAUACCAUUUCUCAUCAUUGGUAUACCGACUGUUAUAUCAGUACUGAUCAACUUCGCCCUGUUUAUAGUUAUAUCCAUAAUAUUGUUCACCAAAUUGAGGUCCCCUAUAUGCGAGGAUAAGAGACGUUAUCAGAAAUGGGCCAAAUCCACGCUGGUGUUGGUACCACUGUUUGGAGUUCACUACGCCAUUUUGUUGGUACUAUAUUUCGUGGGGCAAACUUCCCUUUGGCUUAUAUUCGAUAUACUUUUCGGGAGUUUUCAGGGGUUUUUCGUAGCUGUGUUGUAUUGUUUCUUGAAUGGUGAAGUAAAAACGGAACUAAAACCUCACAUCGACAACCUACUAACCUAUUUGGCUACCAAUAAGAUGUUCAGGUUGUGCUUUCCCUUCAGAGAAAAAUUCCUGAGAUCAGCAGUAGGGAGGCAAUCAGUGUGCACGACUUUGUCUUGUAGCUCAGUAUAUGCUAAUGGUUUCGGACGGACAAACAAAGGAAAAGAGAGGACAAAAUCGACAUUGGAUACAGAUAAAAUUCACUACUGUAAAGGAACAAAAAGUGGGAGGAACGGUAUUAAUGUUAAUGGAAAAGGAAUGCGCUCUCCAAGUGAGCCCAAUGGCCAACAAAUGGCUGAGACUUCACUCUGUAUAGAACGGUCAGAGAAAAAUCAUCUGAACUCAGCAAUUACAGACGAGGAAAUCUGCAUGUUGACGAUGAAAUGUUGA